AAAAAAAAAUUAGACCAAUUUUCAACAGUGAUAUUUAUAUAUAUAUAUACAUCUGCUCUCAGUAUAAUGUAAGGCUACAACUGCAAAUAAGUAAUAUAUAUAUAUAUAUAUAUAAUAUUAGUGAAGCAUAUAUAGUGGGGUGGGGUGGAUCAGAGCAAAUGGAAAAAUGUUUGGUUAUGGUGGUUUUGAUAUCAGUCAUGAUUUUUUCUGCAAUUGCUGUACCAAGAAAAGGGAAACUAAAUCAUAUAAUCAGAGAAGCAAAUGAUGAAGGGCCAUAUAUUGGUCUUAUCACAGUGAUUUCUCUUGAAGAAGCUGCCAUUUUUGCUACUGGGGCUUUUAAACCUCAUCCCAAGCACCCUUUUUUGGAUCUUUCAGGGAGGCGGUUUCGAGUGGGAAAAAUUCAUGAUAAGAAAGUCAUCUAUGUGAGGUGUGGGGCUGGAAUGGCGAAUGCGGUUGCAGCAACACAGCAAAUGGUGGAUGUGUUUGAGAUUGUGGGAAUUGUCCAUUUUGGGAUUGCUGGAAAUGCAAACAAUUCCAUGUCUAUAGGAGAUGUUACCAUUCCAAAACAAUUGGCUCACACUGCUCUAUGGGAUUGGGUGAACCCAAAUGGUGGAUUGCCUGCCAAUGAUGUUGCUGAAUUGGAUUUCAAAAGCUAUAACGUACCUAUAGGAGAAGACAACCUGUUGGGACACAUUGGUUUCAGUUCUGAGCAAUUCUUCUCCGACUCUCAGAAGCCAGGCAUUGAUCUCCCAUUGUUUUGGGCAAAUGUUUCUCACCACUGGCUUCAACUUGCUACCAAAUUGGAGGGGAUGGAACUGGAACAAUGUGUGAAUAGGAGUUCGUGUUUGGAAGAGAAACCAAAGGUAGUUGUGGGGCUAAGGGCCUCAACAUCUAACAUUUUCGUGGACAAUGCAGCUUACAGGAACUUCCUUUCUCACACUUUGAACGUUUCAUCUGUGGACAUGGAGAGCUCUGCAGUAGUAAUGACAAGCUUGUCAAAUGGUUUCCCAGUGAUAGUGAUUCGAGGGCUGUCGGACCUAGCCGGAUCACAGUCGGGACCUAAUGUAGUUCGCAUAUUUGGAUCUCUAGCAGCUCUCAACGCUGCCAAAGCUGUUCUUCGAUUUUUGGACCUACUUCCAACAUAUGCAUAAUUAUUUAUGCAUGUACAUUACUACCAAAUAAUAAUGAUUUUAUACAUUUUUGACUUAAUGUUUUUUCUGAUUCAUUGUUUGGAUUUUGUGUUUUAAAAAGAAUUAUUUUUGGACUUUAUAUUUUAUAAAAUGGUUCAAAUAGACCCUUAAAUUCAA